AUGACGUCACGCGUCGGGAGGAGCGCGCGUUCCGGUGACGUCACCGCGCAAAGCGGUGGGCGGGGCCUCGGCGGGAACCGAAAGGGAAAGUGGGGGAGGGGCGCGAGGAGAGCGCGAGACCCCCCCGGGCCGCCAUGGGAGCCUGCGCUGGCUGGAGGGCGAGGGGCUGGACACGCUGGACCUGCUGGUGCCCAACUGGGACCACCGAGGUCCCGACGAGCAGCUCUGGGAAGCUCCGAGGCGCCGGGGGAGCUCCGGAGCAAAGGGGGCAGCGAAGCCUCGGAUGCCCCACCCCUAAAAAAGCCAAAAAGGGGGCGCGGGGACCCCCCCAGAAAUCCCGCGGGACCCCCAGAGCCGCUCCCCAGGCUCAGAAGGGCACCCAGGAGUGCAGGAGCCCCAAAAUCCCUGUGGGGACCCCCCAAGUUCCUUCUCAAACCUCGUCCCAGCCCCAUCAGAGCGCUUGGGGGUGCAAACUUCCCCCUUGGGGCCACCAGAGUCCCCCCCAGGGCCACCAGAGCCAUCCCUGUGACCCCUCCCAGCCCCAGGGGUUCAAACUUCCCCCUUGGGGCCACCAAAGUCCUCCCCAGGGCCACCAGAACCUUCUCCAGAGCGACUCGUGGCCCCCUCUGGGCCCAAAGCCCUUUCCAGGGCCACCACGGCUCCCUCAGUGACCACCAGGGCCACCACAACCCCCUGAGUGACCAUCAGGGCCACCAGAGCCCCCUCAGUGACCACCAGGGCCACCAGAGCCCUCUUAGUGAUCACCAUGGCCACCACAGCCCCCUGAGUGACCACCAGAGCCCUCUCAGUGACCACCAGGGCCACCACGGCUCCCUCAGUGACCACCAGGGCCACCAGAGCCCUCUCAGUGACCACCAGGGCCACCAGAGCCUCUCAGUGACCACCAGGGCCACCAGAGCCCUCUUAGUGACCACCAGGGCCACCAGAGCCCCCUCAGUUUCCCCUCAUGUUUCCCCUCGGGGUUCCCCUCACGUUUCCCCUCAUGACCCCCCUCAUGACCCCUCCUCGGGUGACCCGGAUGCUCUGGCUCUUUCCCGCCAGCUGCGGGCGCUGCUGCGCACGCGCCCCGCGGGGCUCUCGCUGUUCCAGCUGCGCGCGGCCUACAGCGCCGCCUACCGGCGCCCGCUGCCCAUGGGCGGCGCCGCCUCCGCCCGACUGCGCCUGCGCGCGCUGCCGGGCCGCCCUUGCGCCUGCGCGGCUGCGGCGUGCAGAUGCGCUGUCCCCAGCGUCUGUCGCCCCCCGUAUCGCAACGUCCCCGGUGUCCUCAGCCUCUGUCACCCCUUGUAUCGCGACAUCCCCGGUGUCCCCAGCGUCUGUCGCUCCCCGUAUCGCGACAUCCCCGGUGUCCCCAAGCUCUGUCACCCGCCAUGUCGUGACUCCGGCGAUGUCGCCAACCUCUGUCACCGCCCAUGUCGCGACACCCACAGUGUCCCCAGCUUCUGCCACCCGCCAUGUCGCGACUGCCACAGUGUCCCCAACUUCUACCACCCGCCAUGUCACGACAUCCCUGGUGUCCCCACCCUCUGUCACGCCCCGUAUCGCGAUGUCCCCGGUGUCCUCAACUUCUGUCACCCCCCGUAUCGCGACGUCACCAGUGUCCCCAGCCUCUGUCACCCCCGUAUCGCGACCACCACAGCGUCCCCAACCUUUGUGACCCCCCGUAUCGCGACACCGCGAUGUCCCCAACUUCUGUCACCUCCUAUAUCGUGA